UCUGCUGUGUAGCUGAAAGCUGAAGGCAGAAGCAGAGAUAAUGGACGACGUACAUGUCUGGUUCGUCUCGCUGGCCUGCCUUGGUGGUUUGUACAUCGCCGCCAUCUGCUGGCGGCCCCUCGCCUAUCUCGCGUUGUGCCUGCGCGGGCCGAAGGACCUCCACCGCUACGGCUCAUGGGCCAUGGUGACUGGCCCGACCUCCGGGCUCGGCCGGUCCAUGGCCAUGGAGCUCGCGCGACGGGGCCUCAACCUCGUCCUCCUCGACCUCGACGCCAACAACCUCCAGGAGACCUCCGAGGCCAUCAAGUCCGUCCACCCCGUGAAGAUAAGGACUGUGGUUCUAGACCUCUCCCUCGUCGCCACACCAGAAGGCGACAAGGCGAUCCGCCGUCUGCGGGAGGCGAUCGAGGGGCUGGACGUGGGGAUACUGGUGAACAACGCGGCGGUGAACACGCCUGGCGCGGUGUACCUGCACGAGGCGGACAUCGAACGCUUUGUGCGGAUGAUACGGGUGAACCUGUGGGGGCUCACCGAGGUCACGGCCGCGGUGCUGCCCAGCAUGCUAGCGCGGCGGAGGGGUGCCAUCGUUAACGUUGGAUCGGGCUCCACGGUGGCCGUCCCGUCCUUCCCUCUGUACACCGUCUACAGCUCCACCAAAAAGUAUGUGGCUCAUCUCUCCAGAAGCCUUUACGUCGAAUACAAGAGCAAAGGAAUCGACGUCCAAUACCAGGUCCCGUUCUAUGUGCACACGCGCAUGCUGUCGAGCGCCGUGAAGGCCAAGCUCCGGCCGUGGUUCGUGGCGACGGCGGAGGACUACACCAGCACGGCGGCGCGGUGGAUCGGGAACGGCCCGGUGUGUGUUCCCGGCGCCGCCCAGAACCUCCAGUGGUGCCUCACCGGCUUCGUGCCGGACUGGGUCCACGACUGGUACCGGAUCCGCCUGCACCUGCAGCACAGAGCCGUCCUCCGCGGCGGUCGAGCCGCGAUCGCCAGCGCCCAUUCACGCGCCGAGAAGGCCGUGACACCUGACGAUGACGACGCCAAUUCAGUUGCGCCAAAGAUCAGUGCCUAGCCAUUUGGCUAGCCAGCUGUGCUGUGCUAGCCCUAUCUCUCUGCAUGCAGCUGUCAGUCAAUACAACAGUCAUAUAGUACUCAUGCAAGUGAUCAAUGAUCGAUGCCAUACAUAUAAUCAUUAUAUUAAAAGUACGCGUGCCCUUCGUGUGUAUAAUUGUUUUACCACGUUGGAUUGAAGUUGUCAGAUCUGCACCGAUCUAGUUGGAUGGUUAUUACUUA